AUGUACACACGCGAAUUUAUUGAUGCAAAGUUGGAACAAAUGACCGUCCUUUUAAUAGCCAAGACUUACGAUCCACUGAGUCGUCAGGUAGUAGAAACUCUUAAAAACUAUAAUCUAAACAGAGGACGUAACAACGUUUUUGAGGUUCUCUACAUUGACCAGCGACAAGAUGUCUCCGUAAUCGACACCUACAUAUAUCAGAAGUGGUUAACCAACGAUAGAACUGCACCCUACUUGUUCAUUCGCGGAAAAUAUAUCGGUGGAGGAAUGGAACUUAUCAGGAUGAGCCGAUCAGGCAAGCUGGCAAGAAUUCUUAUGGAAAACUGCCUGUGGUAA